AUGAUCAAUUUGAUCCAUUUAAUUUUAGGAUAUUUAAUAAUCAUUCUUUUUAAUGGAUGUAUUACAAAUUAUUUAAAAUGGACUAUUUCCAACCCUAGACCUGAUUUUAUGGAUAGAUGUGGUCCAGUUAUUAGUUAUAACAUGUUGGUACCAUUCCAUAUAAAGAAAUAUUGUGGCAAUGAUAUAAAUACUUUUAAAUUUCGAGAUGGAUUAAGAAGUACACCAAGCGGUCAUUCAACAUUUAUAUCGUGUUCCAUGUCGUUUAUAUACGAAUAUUUAAGUACCACUACUAUUACAAACAAUAAUAAGGCAAUCAGGUUAAGUCAUUUGUGGUGUAUUGUUAUCACUUUAUUGGUUAUGUACAGUAGAAUAGUAGAUCAUAGACAUCAUUGGUAUGAUGUUGUAAGUGGUGGUAUAAUAGGUUGGACAAUUGGUAGAUAUGGAUAUAUCAAGAUAUUACCAAAUAUCCAUUUGCUUAACAUAAAAAGAAAUAGUUCAACGUUACCAAUCUAA